UAUUUCAAAAUCCAAACCCAAUCUCACUUUUCUCUAUCACUUUUACACUUACAAAAACCUUCAACACCAUAAGACUAAAAGUAACAAAAUUGGUUUCCUUUUCUGCCUCACACUCUCUAAGCCAUAUAUAAACAUGUUGGAUUACGAAUGGAAUUCAUCAAUGAUACUCCUCGCCGGCAAUGAAGUUGCCGACGGCGAACCCGACCAAACGCGCCGGCAAAUUUUCGACCACAACUUUUCCAUGUUAACUGACCCCAUUCUACAUGCCUCAACACCAACACCCACCACUGGUUUCUCGAUUCACCACCCCUUCAACCCACCACCACAACAGCAGCAGCACCAUCACAACCACCAGCAGCCCUUCUUCGACCCACGCGCCUUCCAAAGCGCGUCCACCGCUUCCUUCUCGCCACCACCUUCGGUGCUCUCACUUAACUCAAUCCCACCUUUAGCUCCCUCCUACUGUGGGCUUGGGCCUGGCUCCGGGCUUGGGUUUCUGCUCAUGUCCAAGUCUGAGGAUGCGACUUCGCCCAUUAACUUUGAGUGCUCUGGUCAUGGUCUCGGGCCUGGACCCGGGCUUGGACUCAACCUCGGUGGUCGCACUUAUUUUGCGGCUUCCAACGAAGACACCCUGGACAGAUUCUACCGUUGCAAGACGGUGGAAUCGGUUUCCACCGUGGCGUCAAAUUUGCCACGCUGUCAAGCAGAAGGAUGUAACACGGACCUUUCCGAAGCCAAGCACUACCACCGCCGUCACAAGGUGUGUGAGUUCCACUCCAAGGCCGCCACCGUCAUUGCCGCCGGGUUGACUCAGCGAUUCUGCCAGCAGUGCAGCAGAUUCCAUCUUCUUUCAGAAUUUGACAAUGGGAAACGGAGCUGCAGGAAGAGACUGGCAGAUCACAAUCGUCGCAGAAGAAAAACUCAAGACAUUCACAAAUCUCAGCCUUCUUUGGACAAUGUUACAUGGUCAUCUUCUGAAUCUGGAGCUCAAUCUUCGUCAUCAAUGAAGGUGGAAGUGUCACCCCCAGAUUAUUUCCAGCAAAAUAGAGGCACUUCGUCAACAUCAUCAUCUGGGUCAUUAUUUUUCUCAAGUGGGGCCAAUUUGCAUGGCUAAUAGUACCCAUGGCAUUAAUUAUAAUAAUGUACUGAACUUCCUCUUGUAAAACUUUCUCCCAAAAUUUAAUUUGGAAUUUGAACUUUCA